UCACUUAAAGCGGCUUACUUUCCGGUUUCUCCUCACUUCACCCGGCUACACUCAGACACGAACUCCACAGAAACUAGCGGAUUUGUUUUGUUAUUUUUUACCUAGAACCAUGGCUCAGGUCAACACCUGCCUCAAACGAGUCUUCACCAUCUUCAACAUUCUGUUCGCGAUUGUUGGUGGUGUCAUCAUUGGGCUCGCUCUGCUGUCUCAGGUCAUCACCAACAUUAAUGGAGGACAAAAUGUGGAGGGUCGGAUGUCUGGCCUCAUCGUCCUGUACGUCGUGGGCAUCGUAACCAUGAUGAUCGCCAUCCUGGGAGCCUACGGAGCCCACAAGGAGAGCAAAGUGUGCCUGAUCAUUUUCCUGGUGUGUAUGGUGAUUGGAAGUCUGCUGAUGCUGAGAACUGGAGUCCCUGUUGCCAUCACCAGACCACAGCUGGAGGGAAUGCUGGAGGAGAGGUUCAGAAACUACCUGCCUCUGGACAAAGCUGAAUAUGAAGUGAGGGACAUGGCCGACACCCUGCAGACACAGCUGCACUGCUGCGGCAUGUUCAGCUACAAGGACUGGGAGAACAACAUCCCUGACUCCUGUCUGUGCAGCCCAGCAGAGAUGGAGGAGGACAAGUGUCAGACAAUCGACUACAACAGCUACAUGAUGCAGGAGAAAUCCAUCUACACCAAGACCUGCUUCCCCAUCAUCAUGCACUAUGUCCUGCUGCUUGUUGACAUCGUGAUUGGCAUCGCCUUCGCUCUGGCCGUGCUGGCGCUGCUGGGCAUGAUCCUGUCCUCCAUCAUGAUCUACCAGAUGCGUUACCCCGACAGACCCACCAUCCUCAUGUCGGUCCCCACCAUCUUCACCACAGCACCGCCAAAAUACCAAGAGCUGCACAACCCCCCACCCUACUAAAGGAACAAUACCACCUCCCUCUUCUGCUGUUAGCUUGUUGUACAGGUUUGGGAGUUCUAGAUGUUUAUGUUCAUGUUUUUCUUCUGUUAGCAGGCUGAGUCCAAAGUGCCUUAAAUCUGAGGACGACCGAGAUUUGGUUCUAAUCCUUUCUGUGAGCUCCUAAUUUGUUCAAGACUUGAAAAACAUUAAUGGUAAAGAUCAUUUUUCUUGUGAUCAUGGGAAAAAAAACAGGAAAAAACACUUUACUAACAUCAUCUCUCUCCUUUUUUCUCAUUCAACACAAACCUAACAAGAGCUUCAUACAGUUGCCCGAAGGUAAUUUCAUGUUUAACGGUGCAAAAAAAAAGCACUUUUACAAAACCACUCAUUCUUAUUUUGUUCAGCUAAUGCAAAUAAAAAAUAAAAGCAAAUGGCUGAUAAACACUUUGAUACCACAAGUGCGAGAGAGAUAGUUUGGCCUGCAGAAGCACUGAAGUAAAGCACAGCAGCAGCGAUAGUUUACUUUUUCCUUCCAAACCUUGAAUGGAGUCAAAUCCACCAGUGAUAUGUUUAUAGAGGAUACCAUUCUCACCUCAGUUACUUCAUUUUUUUUUUUUUUAGAUUAUUAUUUUUAUAUUCUGUACCUUUUGUUAGUGAAUGUGACUAUGGGUCUUUUCUUUCUGUUACUGCCAUCAACAUAAAGUAAAACCUGUUCAAAAGAGAAAAGACCCUUUUAUGAAGCUUUAGAGAUGAAAUUAAAAUAUUGUUCUACAAUAAAUCGUGUAAAAAAAAACUGAAUGUUUACUUACAGAAUGUAAUUUUGUUUGGGUUUAACUGGAAAAGGGAAAAACCUUUUUUUAUUUCAUCUUUUCUUUCUGUUAUGUUUGAUUCUCCAGCUGUGACCUGAAAAGGUUCCUGAGAAUGAAAUAAAUAAAAACUGACAAAAAAAACUGUA